CAUUUUUGGCAAUACGUUUACAUUAGGUUUGCGAAAUUUUUUUUCAAAGCGAGUUAGGAUAAAAUGAAUUAAUAAAGAAAAUUGCUCUUCAACUUUUCUUUGUUUUUAUUGGAAAAAUAACUUAAGUACUGAGUGGUUGGCUAAUUGAUACAAUUCUAAAUUACGAGAUUUUCAUACCCGCGAUUUUGAUUAGGACUUGCACUGAUAAGAAACGUCAAGUGUAUCGUUUUCAGAUUGAACUAUGAAUGGCCAUUCUAAUAUAGAUACUAUAGAAGCUACGGAACAUUUAAAGAAUAUUUUGAAUGUUGGGAAAAGUGAAACAGAUUCUGUAAAAUUAAAGUCCCUUUCCAAUGGAAAUAUGGAAGCAUCUGGCGAUGGAAAUCUAAUGAUGUGCGAAGAGCCAUAUCAAAAAAUAAAUCUGUGUGCGAACAAAGAUAGCUCCCAUGUUGCUAUUUAUGGAACUGAGGUUGAUAUUUAUUCUAGUCCUUUGGAACAUGGUGAAACUUGCAGCCAGAUUAUUGUGGAAGAUAUGGUUGAUUAUGGAUGGGAAGAAAAAUAUUACUGUGGAAAGCUAAUAAGUAUACAUAUGAGUGGACAUUACCUUGCAUAUGUUUUAAAACCUGCAAGUAAUAAACCUGGCUUUGUUCGUAUCUUGAGAACACACUUGGAGAUUCGACAUCUAAUUAAAGAUUACAAAAGUGAAGUCAAAGAUAUAGCAUUUGCACAUAGUACUUCCCAAGUACUUCUAGGAUCUGUUGAUGCACGUGGAGAACUUUUUGUGCACAAAAUCAGUGACGAUGGAACAGUAAUAUUAUGCAAUUUGCUUAUUCGCAUUCUCCGUCCAACUGAAUGGACACCUAGUGAACAUAAUCGAAUAAUCUGGUGCUUGUAUAUUCCUGAUGAUAAUGAAUCUACAGAAGAUGAUAGUGCAAAUGAAGAUCUAACCACAUUGCUUGUUGUUACUCAUGAUGAAAGGGCUGAAAUUUGGAAUGUAGAUACAGUUCUAAAAGAACAUGGGCCGGGUAAUCUAACCGUUGAUGAUGUGAAAGGUGGUGUUCAAGCUAUUUCUGAUCAUAAAAUGCCAAUUUCAACUGCAACUUUUUCGCCUGAUGGAACUGCUCUUGCCAUUGCAAGCCUAGAUGGAGUUGUUAAGUUCUUUCAAGUCAGUAAUUUAGAGAAAGACAUUUCUCCUAGGUGUCUGCAUCAAUGGGUUCCUCAUCCUCAAAAAUCAUUAAGCUCUCUCUACUUCCUGGAUAACUACAAAAAUCAUAGACCUGACAUCCAGUUCUGGAAAUUUGCUGUGACUGGUGCAGAGAAUAACACAGAAAUAAAAGUUUGGAGUUGUGAAUCAUGGAUUUGCUUGCAGACUAUUAGAAUUCAUCCAAAUCUAAAUGAUUCUGUAAUGCCAUGUUUGAAAGCUGAAAUUGAUCUCUCUUCUAAGUAUUUAUUUCUAUCGGAUAUUAAGCGAAAAGUACUGUUUAUCUUGCAUAUGGAGCAGGAGCCUGUGCCAAGUGGUUUGAUCAUUUGUUCAUUAUCAGAGUACAGAGUUCCACUGCCUGUCCUUAGCUUAGCUAUUCAUAGUGUUAGCCAUUCUAAGUCUGCAUGUAGAAACUCUGAUGAUGAAGGUGAUAGGGAUCAGAUGGGUGAUUGUUUAAAUGAUGUAGAUGAUACCCCUUCCAAGUAUAUAAUUAAAUUGUUUUGGAUACAGACUAAGACAUUGCAGUCAUGUCGAAUUCAUUACAAACCUAAAACAUCCUCACCUUUGCAGUCAGUUGGUUCUGUUAGUUCUCUGUCUCAAGACUCGUAUGUGUUUAAAGAUGGCUUGUCAGAUAUUAGUCUUGAUGGCAGAGAAUCAUCAAACCGUAGUGUGAAAGAUUUAGAUAUAUCAAUGACCAAAGGACUGUGCUCUGUAGAAGAUCUUGCUCUUGUUUCCCAAUCAACUCCAACAUCUCUCUCAGCCCUGCCCAGCCACAUAUCAACUUAUCCCAAGUGUACAGAAGUUCUCCUUACACCUGAUGAUUUCACUUCUCCAUCACAUUCCAAUCUAUCUGGUCAGAGUUCUUACUCAAUGCAUGAAGACUUAUCCAGCUCUGCCCAAAAAAUUGAAUCUGUUUCACAUUUACCAGAUGGAAUAGAUUCGCUUCCAGUUGAGCCUAGUACCUUACAGCGAAGGAAAUCUUCACAACACAGUGCCACAAGUUCUCCCAGCCGAGAAGUUGCAGAAAUUUUAGCUCCUACAAAAGUUCUCCAUUUGGAUGAAAUUACCAAUGAGACAGUAGCUGUAAUCAAAGAUGAAGUGCAGUCUAUGAAUAAUAAUAUGACUUCCUUUACAACUUCUGGAACUUCAGAAUCAAAUCGAAAUCAAGCAGAUUAUCACAUGAAAGACUGGCCUCAAGCUCCAGAUCCUACCAAAGACUACACAAUUUCAUCCAGAAAUGACGAGGAGCUUCAAGGUCAUAGUCAACACUUCCAUUCAGACAACAGAGAAGCUGUUUACCAGCAAGAAAUGAAUAUUAACAAAUUGAAGAAAAGUAUGAGUGAUCAUAUGCAAAAGCUAGACUCCAUUGUUGAAGUAUUACAAGAUCAAAAUUCUGAAAUUCAAAGGUUACAGAAGGAAGUUAAAAUGCUUCGUCAUGAUCAAAAGCUUAGCCAGUCUAAUUCUAAUGAUAAUAUCACAAAUAAACUGGAACACCUUUUAAAUCAGAAUCUUGUACCUCAUUAUUCAAAAUUAGAAAAUGUAGUUUUAAAAAUGGUUGAAGAAGAAAGGCGGCGAUCAGAACGAGAACUUAUGGUAAUGUCGGAGGAAAUAUCGGCUACUUUUAGUAAUAAGCUUGACAACACAUUAAAGCAAGAAUUGUCAAGCAAUAUAGUGCCACAAAUAAAUAGAGUUCUUGACACAAUUGCUCAAAAGAUGCAGCUGGAUUUUAAUCAAAAACUGUCAGCAACAGAUACAAGUUUGCGAGACAGUUUUGCAAGAUACCUUAAAGGAAAGCCUUUUUUGGAUUCUAUAUCACAAAUUUUAUCUACAUCACUUCAAGGUGUUGUACAGGCUUCUUGUAAAGAUGUCUUCCAAAACAAUGUUGUACCUUCUUUUGAUAAAGCUUGCCAGCAUCUGUUUCAACAGCUCAAUGAACAGUUCAAUAAGGGAACUGUUGAAUACAUCCAGGCUCUUGAUAAACAUGCCCAAAAGACUUGUGCUUCCCUUGAUGCUACAGUAGCUUCUAUAAAGGAAGAAAUCAGUACUCUUGUCACUGGAGCUCAGCAAGCAAUUCAUACUCAGUCUAUUAAAGUAGAAAAUCACAGUUUAGAUUUAAUGAAACAACAUGAAAUGCUUUUAUCAGAUAUGCGACAAGUUGUGCAAGAAGAAGUUAAAAAAGCUUUAAGGGAACAAACUACUGCUGUACUCAAUUCUAGGUCAACAACACCUGUUCCUCAUACUGAUCCUCAACUACAAAAGCAACAUAUGAUGCAACUUGUGAAACAAGGCAAUAUCAAUGAAGCCUUUCAGCAAGCCCUUUCUGCCAUGGAUGUCCAAUUAGUAUUGUUCCUAUGUGAAUCUGUAAAUGUUGAUUUAGUUUUUGGUUCCUCCCCUUGCCCAUUACAGCAACAUGUACUUCUUUCACUUGUGAAUCAGCUCUCAGCUGACUUUAACACAAAGACAGAAAUACGAGUCAGGUAUAUUGAAGAUGUCAUUGCAAGCUUGGAUAGCAAUGAUCCUAUCAUUAAAGAUCAUAUUCGAAGUGUGCUUGAGAAUCUUCAACAAAGAAUUACUACUUUUCUAUUUAAAAAUCCUAACCACAGAUUCACUCGUAACCUACGAAGGAUAUCAUUGGCUAUCAAUGCUUUAAUUAAAUGCUAAUAAGAAAGAAUUCAAUUGAAGAACAAGAUGUUUAAUAUACAUUGUAACUUUGUUUAAUACUUUUGUGGAAGCAUUCGCUUCAAGCUACAUUUAAAGAAACACAAUUUCAUCAUGUUCAUUGGCUUUCAUAUUUAAACUUUUAUGUUAAUGCUUUUACAAACAUUGUAUUAUAGUAAUUAAGAAUAAAAUAUUUUUUUUAUUUGUC